CAUUAAAACUAUUGUAAAUAGGGUAUAAAAAUACUGUAAAUAAACAUUAAAAAUACGAUAAGCAGACAUUAAAGAAUAUGUAAAUAAACAUUAAAAAUAAUAUAAUUAAACAUUAAGAAUACAUAUUAUAAAAACUAAAAAUUAAUAGAUUAAGUUUAAAAGACGCCUUUAAAAAAGAUGGUCUCACCAGAGUAGUUAGACCCAUGACCAGCCCCAAGGAUUUCCUUUUGUUUUUUAGCGGCCAAAAAAAACAUCUACAUCAACUUUUCACGCUGUAUUGAAAAUAACUGUUCAAUUCUCUCCUACUCACACUCCAAAAAUCACCCAUGUUCAAAAUGUUGACCACAUCCAGUCGACCACUAUUCAACUCACCAAUAACUCGCUUCCCAACUCGCCGCCCUUUACUCCGCCGCUUUUCAUCUUCCUCCGCCACUCAAAUCAAAAUGUCUUCCACCGUUGAACACGUCGUUCUCUUCAACGUCAAACCCACUGCUGAUUCAUCUCAACUUUCCACCAUGGUCAACGGUCUCAACAGCCUCAAUACACUUCCCAUGGUCCUUCAUUUAUCAUCUGGAAAGCUCCUCAAAAACCGAUCUUCUUCUCAUACUUUCACCCACGUUCUUCACAGCAGAUACCGCAGCAAGGAAGAUCUUGCUAACUACUCUGCCCACCCAGAUCAUCUAUCCGUCGUUCGAAGCAGUGUUUUACCCAUUUGCGAUGAUCUUAUGGCGAUUGAUUGGGUGGCGGAGAAUAUUGAUCCUGUUGUGGUUAAACCCGGUUCUGCUAUGAGACUUCAAUUCGUUAAACUCAAAGAUGGGGUUGGUGAAUCUGAGAAAAGAGUGGUUUUUGAAGUGAUUAAUGGGUUGAAAGAAAAAGUUAGUGAGAUUAAGCAGUUUUCUUCUGGGGAGAAUUUUUCUCCUGCUAGAGCUAAAGGAUUUGAGAUUUGUUCAAUUGGGAUUUUCGAUGGAGUUAAAGAGUUGGAUGGUUUGGAAGGGAAUUUGAAGAUUGGUGAAGAAAAGGAUAAGGUUAGAGAAUUCAUUGAUAGUCUUGUUGUUGUUGAUUAUGUUGUUCCUCCUUCUCAAUCUGCUAGUCUUUAAUUGCUGAUUAUGGAUGGUAAUAUGUUGAAUCAUAUUUAAUAAAGUUUUGAUCUUUAAUCAUUGUUGGAACUUGGAACUUCUGUUUUGUAAAUUUGACUGUUUGUUGGAUUGUGAGAUUUUGUAACUUGAAUAAUAAGACAUUGGGAGUCAUAUGAUGCUGAUAAGAAAUUGAUGGGAUUCUUUUUAUUUUGGCCUA